AUGGAAAUGACCAGCGCGGUUAUUCGCUUUGCCUUGGCUACGUAUUUUAUGAAGACGGGUGGUAACCAUCAAUCACAUCAGUCUUUCUACCGAUCGUCGUGGCCCUUAAGUUCUUAUGAAAAGAGUCUCGUUGUUGAAGAAGAAGCACAUUUGAGCGUUGACAUGGACGUCUCAGAGGUGUUGACGACUCAUAUUUCGAAUUUAAGGUGGCUAUUAUCGGAACAGCGCAUUGAAGACUGGUCAAAAGGCGUUGAUGAACUUCGAGAGUUUAUUACAGAGAAUGCUCAUAUGAUAAGCUUGUUCAUGGAGGUGCUAGUACAAGAGCAAGACACGGAGAUAUGUACACAAGUGAUUGAGCACAUGUGUUUUACCAAAAACGGAGAGCCAUCAAUGGUGGUUGACCAGCUGAUUGAAUCGCUAGAUCGUUAUUGUGACGACCAGCAUAUCGCGGUAGUCCGUUGGGUGGAUAAAGCUGUCGACGUCAUUAUGCACAGGCUAAUGCAGUUCCACGAGCAACAAUUUGAGACAAUUAGUGCAAAUGAAAGAGUUGAAUGUUAA